AAAAACUGAUUUUGAUAAACAAUAAUGAGGAGUUCCUUUUUUGGCAGAAUAGUAAUAUGUCAAAAGAUUCCCUCGUUUUGGUAUGAAAAUGAAAUCACCCACUAUUCCUCUCUGCUUCUUCUUUCUUUUUUCUGUUUCUGCUCCACUUUUUGAAGCCUUUAACAAUGGCGAUGGAGAAUUCAUAUCCGAAGAAAAAGAAGAACCCCACAUCAAAAGAUCCGAUUUCCCACCCGGGUUUCUUUUUGGAGUUGCCACUUCUGCUUACCAAGUUGAAGGAGCUUAUCUCGAAGAUGCUAAGUCCUUAAGCAAUUGGGAUGUAUAUUGUCAUUCUAUAGGCUGUGGAGAAAAUUCAGAGAAUGGAGAUAUUGCAGAUGAUCAUUAUCAUCUGUUCUUGAAAGACAUAGAGAUGAUGCAUUCCCUUGGUCUAAAAGCAUACAAAUUUUCGAUUUCAUGGGCUAGAAUUCUUCCAAGAGGAAGAUUUGGUGAAGUUAAUCCUGCAGGAAUCAUGUUCUACAACAAGAUUAUAGACAACCUGAUCCUCAAAGGAAUCGAGCCAUUUGUGACACUUUUCCAUAACGAUUAUCCACAUGAACUUGAAGAGAUAUACGGGUCCGGGUCUUGGCUAAACCCCGAAAUGCAGAAAGACUUUGUACAUUUGGCAGAAAUUUGUUUCAAGUUUUUUGGAGAUCGAGUGAAGUAUUGGAUCACGAUUAAUGAACCUAAUGUGUUCAUAGAAUUGUCUUAUGAAUUUGGGUUAUUUCCACCUUCUCGUUGUUCAAAGCCUUUUGGAAAUUGCAAUGUUGGAAAUUCUGAUGUGGAACCUCUUAUUGCCAUGCAUAAUAUGUUGUUGGCUCAUGGAAAGGUAGCCAAGCUAUAUCAUGAAACUUUCAAGCCUAAACAAGGUGGAUCGAUAGGCCUCGUUGUGCACUGUUACAUGUACAAACCACUAACAGACAGUGAGCUCGAUCAUGAAGCUGCCAAAAGGGUGUUUGCUUUCAAUGUUGGCUGGACACUUGAUCCUUCAAUAUAUGGAGACUACCCCGAAGAAAUGCACAAAUACCUUGGAAGUAAAUUACCAAGUUUCUCCCUUGAGGAAAAGAAGUUUAUGAAAAACAGUAUUGAUUUCAUUGGCAUCAACCAUUACUCCACUAUAUAUGCUAAGGAUUGUAUCAACGCUAGUUGCACUCCAUUUGCAAAUCGUGCAAUCCGGGGUUUUGUGGACAUUGUUGGAGAGCGUGAUGGCAUGUUGAUUGGUGAACCUACAGGUGUAGAAGGGAUAUUUGUUGUUCCUAAAGGCAUGGAGGAGAUUGUUAACCAUAUGAAGAUUCGGUACAAUAAUAAACCUAUGUUUAUUACUGAAAAUGGAUAUUCUUCACCCUAUGUGCAUGAGGAACGAAUUAAUGAGAUUUUCAAUGAUGUCAAACGAAUUGAAUUUCACUCAAAAUACCUUGCUUCAUUAGCCAAGUCCAUAAGAAGGGGAGCUGACGUACGUGGAUAUUUCCUAUGGUCGUUAAUGGAUAGUUUUGAAUGGAUGCAAGGUUACAGUUUGAGGUUUGGGUUGUAUUAUGUGGAUCGUCAAACACUAACACGAAUACCAAAACUUUCUACAAGAUGGUAUAAAAAUUUCUUAACAAACAAUAGUGAUCUUAUCGAUAUGGAAGCAUCAAGAUACAAAAUAUCAGUUUAAAAAGAUGUCAUGAUUGUAUUAAAAGCAAAUAUGUAAAAAUAAUUCGAGAAUCUUGUAUGUAACUAUUCCAACAAUAUAUUAUUGGUGCAUUGUCCACUGACUAAGCAAUAAGUAUAAAAAAUGUACUUAAAACUAAUCGUAAACUUCUUAUCACUUGCUUGUAUUAUUGUAAAAGAAUAAAGGAAUUUAAAUGGGAUGAUUACUAUUA